AUGCCUCUCAAUGUCCCUGGGAUCCUAGCGCCAUUUCAGCUGCUUUGGAACCCGAGGAUUAUCUUGCCUCAUGUCAUAGUACAAGACGUCCGCCAUAUUGACUUUGCCGCCCUAAAGAGGGCAGGCUAUCGUGGUGCUGUGUUCGACAAAGAUAACUGCCUGACAAUUCCUUAUGAGGACCGUCUCGUGGACGAGCUGUCGGAAUCAUGGAAGCAAUGCAAAGAGACGUUUGGAGAAGGGAACGUGCUCAUAGUGAGCAACUCUGCUGGAACGAAGAUGGACGCGGGCGAGAUACAGGCUGAGUCCGUGUCCCACCACCUCGCCGUUCCCGUCCUGCGACACUCCACUCCAAAGCCAGGGUAUGCAUGCAUAUCCUCGAUACGCGCCUAUUUCUCCUCUCUGCGGCGACCGAUACGUGACGACGAGCUUAUCGUAGUCGGAGACCGCGUGUUCACCGAUGUGGUACUCGCAAUACGCAUGUCGAAACUUGUGGUCCGACGAAACGUGCAUUCCGACAAGGUUAACUCGGCAACGUUAUCCAACGAGAGAAGACAGUCGCUUGGUGGCCCGCUAUCGAUCCUGACGAUAGGUGUAUUUAAGAAGGAGAGCAUGGUCAUGCGCUUCGUGGAGAAGCAGCUCAUGGGAGCGGUGGAGAGGUGGACUGAGGGUCGUGAGGACAUUUCAGACUGGAGUAGACGGUUCGUGAAGGAACCUCCACGGAUUGAGCCGUCCAAACCACCUAGCAUCGUGUCGAGAUUGCUUUCGAGAUUUUCUAGGGCAUAG